AUAUAGUCUGCUGCUAAGAACAGCAGCAAAUAAAAAAAAAAACUUGGACAAGUGGCUUGUUCACUUUUUCGAAACAAUUUCGAUUUAUUUAACUUAAAACUUUCUUCUUUCUCUGGACUUGAAAACAAAAAGUGAGAAUUCUAGUGGGACAUCGUUCUAGACGAGAGGAAAAAGCGCGAAACAAUUACUUGCAAAGUGAAGAUGAGGCUCGUUUACUUUCUGCUGGUGACUGGCCUUGUUUUAGCUGUGAUCGAACCAAGUCUUGCAUCGGACAAACAGAACAAAGAUAAAAACAAGAACGACAACAAAGAUAAACAUGAUCGGAACAAAGAAAAAGAGAUACGGAAAAAUGUGCAAGACAAAUUAAAAGAUAUGAGAAAAGAAAUCUCAGCUUUUGUACGCGACAUCAAGGAUGAGGUCAAGGACACUCUCAGCUCAGCCAUCAUUGACAAACUCAAAGACAAAAUCGAGAAAAAAGAUAAAAAUGAGAAAGAUGACUCCUCAGAAUCCAGCGAAUCAAGCAAAGAGAUGUCCCCAGACGACAAAAAGAGAUACAAGAAUCUAGAGCAAGCUCUUGCCAAAGAAAUCGAGAACUUGGCCAAAGACGUCAAGUCCAAAAUUAUUGAUCGACUGUUGAAGAAAAAAGAAUAUAUCAAAGCCAGCGUGCAGGAGAAACUGAAGCUCGUCAGCGAGGCGAUCGAAAAAAUAAAGUCAGGAACUAGGGAAGACGAAGAUAAUGAAAGCAAGGAUCAAGUUAAUGAAGACGAUCAAGACAAGAAAGAGAAGCUAAUUCUAAAGGUGAUAUCCACAAAGCUUGAUGCCGCGCUGGAGAACGUUUUGUUCAACGAGCUGAAUGGAACCUUGGAGCCAACGUCCGAUGCUAACGGAGCCGUCGUUCGACUUCUCUUGCACAGACUUCUGAAUGAUAUCCAGCCAGACAUCGCAAGGGUGAAAGAGUCGUGGCGAGAUUUCGUCAGCGCUGAGUUUGAGAUGAAAGAAAAAGCUAAGAAGUUACACGCCAAGGAAGUAGCAGACGGCAAAGUCAGAGAUACAUUCACCUUUGAGAAGCUCAGAUCCUUUAAAGAAAGCUUGAAGGCGAUGCUGGAUAAGAAGAGGAACUUUGUGGAGCAGAAGAUUGAGUUGAAGAACAAAGUUCUCUUCACUCUGCGCAAUAUGUCACUCGUCCACAGAGCAAGAACUGGACAAGAUUUCAGCUACGUUGAGUUUCUAGAGGGCAUUCUCAACGGGACCAUCAAGAUACCACAGGCACUAAAAGAUUUGUUCGAAGAUGCCAAAACUGCGGUUGAAGAUCUGAAGGAAGAAAAUGCCAACUCUGAAAUCCCGACCCAGUCUUCGGAAGUCGAAGAAUCGACACCAGCGGCGGUUGAGCUGACUACGUCCAUUGAGGAAAACGCUGAAGAGUCAUCAGUACUGGACAUUUUAAACAAAGUCCAAGACUUGGAGACGGACUUAAAAAGUAAAAUAACCGCUCUUGAGAAUGACGUGAAAGCGAAGGUCUUGGAACAGGUGCAGAAUAUAAGGGACGUAAUCACGAGCCUGGUUCUAGAAGACAACACAGCUGUAAGUGAAAGCCCCAGUCUGUUGUACAACAUUUCCUCUGACAAUCCUUUCCUGAAUGACAUAAUCGAAACAGCCAUACGCUCAUUGGUAGCUGGAAACGCCUCUGAAGUAACCCUAUCUGGCAACCAAGCUCUUCUGAAUCUGUUCAUUCAGAACCUGCUGAAAGAAUUUGAUGCAAGCAUUCAGAGGUUAAAGCAAUUGAGGGAAAGGUUCGACCAUAUUCGCGGUGUCCUAGUCUCAAUUGCGGACAACUUGCAGAAUGCUGUGAACGAAACUGAAGAUGUUUCCACUGUCCCCAUCGAUCUCACGGAAUACAAACAUCUGCUGCAAGAAAUACACAACGUGAAAGCUCUUUAUGUUACUCAGAAAGAUCGAGUCAAGACUCUGGUCCUCGAAGCCUUCGAUAAAAUGACAUCAGUCUACCAGAACAGAACCGGCACUGACCUCAGUUACAACGAGGUCCUCUCGUCGCUGACCAACUCGAGCUCCGAUCUAACCCCUCUCCUGGAUGACUUCUACAGCGACCUCAGUACCGUUGCCAAGUCAGAGGGUCUGAAAUUUGACGCAGUAGACCCUAAUUCCUCUGACAGUCUCGGUGGCGAAGGCUCCUCUAGCUCUGUCGUGGGAGUUGCUGUAGUUGGUACUAUAGUUGUCGUUCUUGCUGCAUUCGGCAUCGGCUUCUUCGCAUUUCGACGUCACAGGAAACAAAGUCUGUACACCAAAAUAUAAACUCACCAUUCCACUUGUAGUUGGCAACAACAUUCAAACUUUGAAACACGUUCGAGCGCCCAUAAAGUAGUUUAAUGCACUCAAUAUGUAUUACCUUUCUUUAGCUUUAGAAUUGGUUGUGAAUCUUGACAAUAGGAGAUGAAAAACAAGUGGCGGACUCUCAAAUACAGCUCGAGAAUCUGUGCGGUUUUAAUGAAAGUUAACACAAAAUAUACGGGGGAAAAGUUGAAAGCCAUGAGGGAAUAUAAGAUAUAAGCUAGACUAAAUGCUCUUAAUAAACUAAGCAGGGAUACAUUAGAGAUAUAUACACACACGCAUAUCUUAUCUAUUCCUAAAAAAAAAAAAAAAGAUAAUUACGUCCAACGUCUAUGCAUGUGUCCAUCUAGUCAUGCUAGUUAAUUAGAUACUUAAACUCAGUUAUUAUUAUUGUUUGCUGAUUCAGGCAACCCCUUCUCUGUUGUUAUGAUACUUAGAAAUAAAAAAAAAAACUCAUAUAUGGAUACUUUUAAGGAUAAGGGAUAUGAAAUGUGCCUUUAUCCUUGUGCCUUGUUGGUUAUUUGAUUUAGGUUGGGUUUUUGUAGUUGCAACUUUGGGUUCAGGGUUUCAUUACGUAGGAAUAUAUGUGAUACAAAAUAGAGAAAAAUAAAAUGAAAAAUAAAAAAAAAUGUCAACAAACUUUUUUUUGGUUUUAAUGGUUUUGAUUUGAAACUAGACAAUAAACUACAUUUGGAAAUGAAUUAAAAAGCCAAGAAAGAGAAGCGUCGUUUUUUCCCCCGAUAAUUAGAAAAUGAGAUAAUUUAUGGUCUAAGUCACUAUUCUAGAAUUUAAAUUGGACUUUUGGUCAAAUGGCGAAUUCACAGAAUCCCUACGACCAUUAUUUUUACAUAUUAUUUUCUUCAAUUUCAAUAAAGAUAGCAUAAGGAGUGAGCCAAAAAAAAA